AUGGCAACCAACAAAACCCCAAACAACAAUAACAACCAAAGCCAAAGUCCUCUUCUGGGUCGGUACGAGAUCGGCAAACUUCUUGGACAUGGUACUUUUGCUAAAGUAUACCAUGCUAGAAACAUUAAAACUAAUGAAAGUGUUGCCAUCAAAGUUAUUGACAAAGAGAAAAUCCUCAAAGGUGGUCUUAUUGCUCACAUCAAACGCGAAAUCUCCAUUCUUCGCCGUGUUCGCCACCCCAACAUUGUCCAGCUUUUUGAAGUCAUGGCUACAAAAGCCAAGAUUUACUUUGUCAUGGAAUAUGUUCGUGGUGGUGAAUUGUUCAAUAAAGUUGCUAAAGGCAGGUUGAAAGAAGAGGUAGCAAGGAAAUAUUUCCAGCAAUUGAUAUCAGCCGUGUCAUUUUGUCACGCCAGAGGUGUGUUUCACCGCGAUUUGAAGCCGGAGAAUUUGUUGCUUGAUGAGAAUGGUAACUUGAAAGUUUCCGAUUUUGGGUUGAGUGCAGUGUCUGAUCAGAUUAGACAAGAUGGCUUGUUCCAUACUUUUUGCGGGACACCGGCUUAUGUUGCCCCUGAAGUUCUUGCGAGAAAAGGGUAUGAUGCUGCUAAAGUUGAUAUUUGGUCUUGUGGGAUUGUUUUGUUUGUGUUGAUGGCUGGUUAUUUACCAUUUCAUGAUCAAAAUGUUAUGCUUAUGUAUAAAAAGAUCUAUAGGGGUGAGUUUAGAUGUCCUAGAUGGUUUUCUUCUGAGCUAACUAGGCUUCUUUCUAAACUUCUUGAUACUAACCCUGUUACAAGAAUUACAAUCCCUGAUAUUAUGGAGGCUAGGUGGUUCAAAAAGGGGUUUAAGCACAUUAAAUUCUAUAUUGAAGAUGAUAAAGUUUGUAAUGUCGAAGAAGAGGAAGAUGUGGGUUCAUCUUCUGAUCAAUCAUUGUCGGAAUCGGAAUCGGAAUUCGAAAUUAGAAGAAGGGCUACCACUUUACCUAGACCUGCAAGUUUGAAUGCUUUUGAUAUUAUAUCAUUUUCUCCUGGGUUUGAUUUAUCUGGGUUGUUUGAGGAAGGUGGAGAGGGAGCAAGGUUCGUCUCUGGGGCUCCUGUGUCCAAGAUUAUAUCUAAAUUGGAGGAGAUCGCUAAAGUUGUGAGCUUUACAGUGAGGAAAAAGGAUUGUAGAGUGAGUUUGGAAGGGUCUAGAGAAGGUGUGAGAGGUCCAUUAACAAUUGCAGCUGAGAUAUUUGAGUUGACACCGAAAUUGGUUGUGGUGGAGGUUAAGAAGAAAGGAGGGGAUAGAGGAGAAUACGAGGAUUUCUGUAACAGUGAAUUGAAACCUGGAUUGCAGAAGUUGAUGCAGGAGGAAUCUGAGGCAGCAGCUCCUCCUACCUUGGUUACUUCUACUUCUUUGCCGUUGGAAUCUCCAAAAUUCACCAUCGAUCCUUUUCCUACUGAUUCUUCACAAUUACCUAUUGAUGCUUUUCCUUCCGAUUCUUCACAAUUACCUAUUGAUCCUUUUCCUACCGAUUCUACACAAUUACCUAUUGAUCCUUUUCCUAUCGAUGCUUCACAUUUACCUUCGGAUACUGAAUAG